CUGAAUCUACAUGUUGAACCAAUCAAAUUAUCAAGCUCAACAGUCUGACUUGUCCCCUAUUAUCUGUUUGCAAAGGAUGGCCUAGCAUUCCGUUCAGUAAGCUAACCAUUGAAACAGAAACCCAUCUUUCUGCGGUUGGCAGGUGCUGUUGUCGGAACUGGGCUGUGUCUCAGUCCUCGAGACGUUGCUAUCUCUGGUCAGGCAUUGUAGUCAAUGUCGAGAUCUUUUCUUGAGCAACAUCCACAUCAAUGGUUACCUCAGGUAGGUAGGUAGUAGGUAGUAUUAAUUAUCUUGGUUGGCAUGCAAGCUGUUUUUACGCGUGUCUACAUUAAUAUCGCCUUCAUGUGCAAUAUAUGUUCUCUACCCCUGUUUUUAUCUUUUCCUACCAAAGUUUGCUCGGCUGCUUGUUUGCCUCUAUCGUGUCACCAGCCCCCCAUUUGAACUGGUGUCAUUUUCUUUGGAGUCUUAGAUUUUGCCCAUGCGUACCUAAACCCUCCAGUCUAGUUGCUGGUCCCCCUCUCGUGAUAGUUGUUGCAUGCAUCUCCUUCCCCUCCCGGUUUUACCCAUAUCUCGGGCCGCACGGUCUGUCUCCUCCAUAUAUUCUUUGCUAUUGCGGCCGUGGCACCACAGGUCUAGCGAUAAUUCAAUGCUCCCCACGUCUUUCGGCAGGGCUCAUUUACAGGUUGAUUCACUUGUUGGCCGUGAAUGGGAUUUGUGUUGUGGGCGUACGACUGUGUACAGGCUGCGUAGUGGCGGGUAUUUGCUCAAAAUACAACAACACCGGCCCGAACGACCAACACCUUACCUUCAACUUGCUGCGCACUCGAAAUACGGAACGGACAAACGUGGGGGCGUCAUUGUCAGCGUUGCUAGCUGCCGGGCGCUGGGUCGAAGCGGCUGCCACGAAAAGUAGAGCCGAGGGGGCUUCAGUCACUGAAGGGGUUAUAGGGUCCGUUUGCCGGGCAGGUUUACAACAGGAGCGACGAGAAGGGCCCGCGGGCCCAUUCCCGACUCGCUUAGCUAUGGUUGCAGUACCUGGGGGAGGGGGGGCCAAGGGCCGCACCCGCCCCCUCCCAGCGAUGCAUUACCGUACACCCAUGAAGAAACCAAGGGGACGCCUGGAGUCUUCGGGGGGGGUAAGGCAGCGCGGCCUUACCCCCUUUCUUUUGCUCCUCGAAUCUUUUUUAGGGUGGUUUUCGAUGAUUUCCGAGUCAGCGUCGUGUCCCCGUCGAAGUUGCGAUCCCAUCGCUGCGGGGCUUGCAAGGUCAUUGGAUGGCGUGGAAGCAAAAAAACACGCCUGUGGUCAAGCUGGCAACAUCUCGCCCCGCCAGCCACGCACACAAGGAGAAGUCUAGGGUUUGAGUCAAAGUCACGAUGUCUUUUUUAGGGAGAUAAAAUGCAUUUUGGGCACCUUGUCA